AUGUCACUGCAUUAUGUGUCCAUUCUAGGGGCAAACCCAGCAUUAUCCCUCAAGACAAUUUCAUCCCGCCCUGAAAUUGACCAUGCUGCCAACUACUUCCAGAUAUCGCGCACGGCAGGAAGCACUUACUUGCAAAGCCUGCAUUCUGGUAGCGCCCAGUAUGGGGGCCAUACCACAGACACUCAUGCCCCCCCUCACACUGCCCCCCCUCAUACUACAUAUGAAGGCGCCGGCUAUUCUGCCGGCGCUGUAUAUGAAGGUGCUGGCUAUUCUGCCAGUGCUGCCCCCCAUCAUGCUGCCCCCCCUCAUGCUGCCCCCCCUCAUGCUGCCCCCUCUCAUGCUGCCCUCCCUCAUGCUGCCCCCCCUCACAUUGCCCCCCCUCAUAUUGCCACCCCUUAUGCUUCCCCUCCCUCGCGCUGCUACAUACGAAGCUGGGGUGAUGGCUCCAAUGUCAUCAUCCUCGACAGUCCUCCUAGGCCCCAAGCUUCCACCAAACGACCACUUCCUGCAUCACCCCCUUCUCCCCUGCCUCGGUCGGAAUUUGCUCUUUCCGAGAAGAUGCAAACCUAUCGGUACAAUAGCUGUGCGUCCUUCGGGGCUCCGUCUCGGGGAGAUUCCAAGGCUGUGUCUUCCCCUGUCUCGACAACUCCAACAUCGGAGCCCAUCCCAUCCUUGUCAAAGGGCAAAGGCCGGCAGGUGAAGAAGCAGUGCUCAGACCUCCAAAGUCAGGCUCAAAGCCAGAUGGAGGCGCUGAACGACAGAAUUGAGAAGGAACUCAAGAAUGAACGCUACAUGGCCAAAUACAAUCUCGCUCAUCAGACAGAAGAACAUCAAUUCCUCCAUGAGGAACGCAGCUACCAACGCACGGAAGCGGCUGUCAUCCAUCAACGUGCGCAGGAGGCAAAGGAUGCAGAGAUCCGCCUGUGUGAAGCUGAGAUGAGGAUGCAUGAUGCGUUAACGCAUGUGCAUGCUGAGGAGGGUCUUGAAGGUUUGGAUGCUGUGUGGUACCUGUACUUGUAG